AUGAAUUUGAGAGAUGGAAAACCAUUUGAUCCUCUGCAUCACAUAGCCAAGAUUACAAAUGAUUUAUCUCAACUUAUACCGCUAGGUGUACUAUACUUCGCAAACCUACCUAGAUUACCAGCUCGUGGAAUUGAAACGUAUGAAGAUGAUGAAUGGUUGUGGCUAGAUACACCCUAUACAAAUACAAACGUUCCACUUUAUUCAACAGUCAAUGGUGCAAGAAGUGUGUUGUCUCCAAUACUGACAGAUCUUUCAUAUCUUAUUGAAAAGCUCCACAUUAAGGCUACUUAUAAGAUCACCAAGUUGGGAAAGUUCAAUACUGCUGCUGUCAGGAUCUACUCUGUACCGAAUGAUGUUGAUGGAAAUAGGUUUAUCGAAGAUCAUAGAAUCAAGUUUCGAAGAGGGAAGACUCCUCAAUGGCAUGAAAAUAAGUACAAAGCGAUAAUGAAGAAUUUUUUGGCUGUGUUGGAUUAUUCAAAAGAGCACUGGGAAGUACCAGAGAAAGCAAUUAUGUCUGACUGUUUAAUAUUUUCUGCCUUAUACGAAUUCAAGCCCUUCAGCUCCAAAUCAUUGGGGAUCGGACCUUACUAUGAAGAACAAACUCUUGAUAGCCAUAUCACAAGGCUAAUAAAGUGUGAGCCAUUCUUGUUAAAUAAUAAAUUACAUCAAGAUCUGAAUUUGGAAACCAGAUUGGCUGAAGUAUAUGGUGCAAUAAACUUCCAAAUUGGACCGAACAAUGAAGUACUGUCUGAUGUUCAAAGGAUUUUUGGUUUGAAAAGUGAUUUGUACAAUUACCAAAAAGAGUCUGCCGCGAAGAUGUUUAUAAAUGAGACAUACACAUUUCUCAAAGAUAUGCCUUAUUUAGUGAAAAUAAGGCGAGGCUCCAAGAUGUUUUACUUCAACACCAUCAAUAUGACCUUCAAUUUGCAUCCAGAAUAUUACACAUCCCCCAGAGGUGGAAUACUAGCUGAAAAUAUGGGCUUGGGAAAAACAUGUAUUUGUUUGGCGUUGAUCUGCUUGACUAAAUUUGAUACCUCAGAAACUCCUGAAAAGUUUACUGUCUCUGAUGUCCAUGAUUAUAAAAUCCAAUCUUUAUUUGAUCAGUGUGUUAGGCACAUCAAUCGUCAUUCUAUACCUUGGAAAAAGCAUACAAACAUCUUACCAGACACAUGUAUUGAAGCUUUAAAGAAGUCACCGGGGUUUUUUUAUUUGAAAAAAAAUGAACUGCCCGAAAGAAAACACUUAUCCCGUGCAAGACCCAUUGUGCUUGAAAAAAAGUAUUUGUUAACAAGUGCCACCUUAAUUGUUUGUCCUGAUAAUCUGUUCAGACAAUGGUGCUUUGAGAUAGCAAAACAUCUUGAGCCAGGUGCCUUGAAAAUAUACUACGCUGAAAAGUUAGGUACUUUACCAUCCUCCAUGGAAUUGAUUACUUAUGAUAUUGUUCUAAUGGCAAAUUCAGCUUAUGUUAGUGAAUCUCCCGAUACUUCAGUAUUAUCAAAAAUCUAUUGGAAAAGAUUAAUCAUUGAUGAAGGUCAUAGCAUGAACCAAAGAUCUACUCGUGCAGUUGAAUUAUCCAAAGAGCUCCAAGUUGAAAGAAAAUGGGCAGUUACAGGGACGCCAACCGCUGGAAUGACAAAGCUGCAUAUGAAUGAAACUUCAGAGACGAACUCCAGUAGAUACACUGUCAAAAGAGCUUUCAGUGCUAAAGAUGAUUUAACCAGGUUGGGGUUGUUGGUUUCUAAUUUUUUCCAAAUUCAACCGUGGGCUAAUAAUCAAGAUUUAUGGAAUAAAAUUGUGGCUAAACCUUUCAUUUCAAAUACUUUCAACUCAAGUAUGUCAUUGGAAUCUUUGAUAAGCAGUCUUAUUGUCCGUCAUUCUUCUGAUCAAAUUGAAAAUGAUGUCACACUACCUCCCUUAUACCACAAACCAGUCUUCCUUACACCAUCUUAUCACAACAAGCUAUCAGUGAACUUAUUUGUUGCCGUGUUGGCUAUUAAUGCUGUGAGUUCUGAAAGGGAAGACAAAGAUUACAUGUUUCAUCCAGGAAGCAAAUCUGAUUUGAGGAGAUUGGUCACAAAUUUACAACGAGCUACGUUUUAUUGGACCGGGUUUUCAGUAGAUGAUCUUGAAAGUAUGGUUUACAUCGCAAAGUUGUGCUUGGACAAAAAUUCUGAAGAUGGUUCAGCUUCCUAUUGCCCUGAAGAUAUCAAGUUGUUAGAACGGUCCGUAAAAGCAUGCAAAAUUGCACUUGCUGACAAGUUUUGGAGAACGGUAUCUACAAUACACGAGAUGAAUUACUUUGUGGGAGGUUUAGAUAAUGCUCUCAAAAAGAAUUUUCAAAUCAAUAAGCUGUCAUUUGAUAUUUCAGUUUUCGGAGCACCUCAACUUUAUUCAAUGCAAAAAUUUUACUUCAAGAAGAGAUUCAGUUCCAAGGAAGUAAUUGAUGAGAGAAUUCAAAAGUUUGCUGAUGAGUUUUGGAAUGAUUAUUGGAAAGAGGCAGCAAAGAAAAAUGCGGAAAGAGUCAAGAAGAAUGAUGGACAAGCAAUAAAUAUAUCAACUGUUGGAGAGGAGCUUGAGCAUCAAGAAAAAUUGUCAUUAAAAUCAUCCAAAAAAUCGAGCUUUGAGGACCCUAAUGCCAUCAAAAGUACAAAUGGAAGAAUUCAAACUCUCAGUGAUAAUUCAUCAGCAUCUCCUACUCCAGCAUUAAAUUCUAGGGAACUCAAUAGAAACUCCAGACUAUUAGGAACAUCAUCCGCAAAGCUAUCAUAUAUGGUUUCAAAGCUAUUGGAAAACACGUUUUCAAGUGUUAAGGGUAUCGUAUUUUUUGAGUUUGAAGAUAGUGCUUAUUAUUUGUCUGAGGCUUUAGAUCUUUUAGGGUUGAAUUAUACUUUAUAUGCUACUUCUGUUCCUAAGGAUGACCGUGCUCAAAAAAUUAGAGAGUUCUCAGAAGCCGAAGGUGCACAUACUCUGAUAAUGGACUUGAAAUUAGCAUCUCAUGGUCUUACGAUAACUGCAGCUACGCAAGUUUACUUUCUAAGUCCCGUAUGGAAGAGAUCAAUAGAAGCACAGGCUAUUAAAAGAGCACAUAGAAUCGGGCAGAAGAACCCUGUCCAUGUUGAGACAUUGGUCUUGAAAGGUACACUUGAGGAAGAGAUGUAUAGGAAAAGACAAGUGGUUGAAGAUGAGCUAAAUGUUCCUGUUGCUGAUGAUAACCAGAUUCGAGAUUACAUUUUGAAAUUUGAAUUCUUGAAAGUGAAUGAUACUGUCCCAUUCAACGAGUUUAAAUCUCGCUCAGAUACCGGAUUGAGUGAGAUCAAUAAAAGGGAAUUUGAUGAUGUUGAGCUUUUGGAACCAAGUGCUCUAAAAAUUAAAAAUACUGUUCACUGGAAUGUUCCGCUCUUUGGUAAAAAUGCCCUGGAGAAACAAUCUGAGCAUGGAAAGAAUACAGAAGUUACUCCAAAGGUUGACUUUUCAGAACAAGGUGAAAAUUUGCAAGGUCACUUUUGA